GCCGCCCUCGCCUCUCUCGCGUCCUCGGCAGCUUCAGACGCAUCGUCGCCCGCGUCGCACAUGGCCCGCGCGGCCGCUGGCGCAUGGUGAGCACCACAGUGACAUGGAACCCCAACGUACCCUGACGUUUCUGCAGCCCAAAGUCACGCCUCUCCCUGCGGACAUCCACCAUGGUGUCCCACAGCUUCCCCUCGAUGUCUGGGAGGCCGUCCUCGCUUGCCUCUGGAACGACCACCGCACGCUCGCCACCUGCGCCCUCACCUGCCGCGCUUUCCUCCCUGUCGUCCGGCACCUCGUCUUCAACAACAUUCGCCUCACCCACUCACCCGGCUACUCUGAGUACUGCCGUUUCACACAACUGCUCCAGGACUCGCCGCACGUCGCGCUCUCCGUGCGCUCGCUCCACAUGUUGCUGGACUCCGCCCUCGAGCGCGCGACGCUCCCCGCGAUCCUGCCCCGCCUGCACGAGAUCGAGAGCCUGACGAUCAACUUCGGCGGGGGCAUGUUCGAGAUGGACGAGGGUACGCGGGAGAAGCUCCCCACGUACUUCCGCCUCGUCAAGUACCUCCGCAUCGAGAACGUCCGCUUCGACGGGACGGACCUCUUACGUGUCCUCUGCGCGUGCCCCGAGCUUCGCGGGCUCACCCUGUGUGCCGUGCGCUGGCGGCGAUCGUCGUUAUUACCGAGUUUCACGCCGGACCUGGCUGCUAUUGUGCCGUUGCGCCAGGUAGAGCUUGACGAGCUCACCCUAAAGAGCCCCCCGCCGCAAGUGGUGGCUUGGCUCGUUAAGGGACCGUUCAGACUGGCCCUGCGCAACCUCGAGCUUGUAUGGGAUGGAGGCUCAGACGCGAAAUACGUCCCCAGCCUGUUCAGGGCCGGUGGGCCCUCCCUCCAGCACCUUUCGCUUGCCUUUCCCGGCUGGUUCUCGUUCAGAGACGCCGUGGACCUCUCCAGCAACACGCGCCUCCGCACGCUGCACCUCUCCCACAUCCAGAUCGACGGCUCGCAGCCGCGCCUGCUCUACAUCCCCGACCCCGUUCCGCUGAAGACGUACGAAUGGGUGCCCGCCGCGCUCGCGCGCCUGCACUCCCUCCACCUGACGCAGAUCCACUUCAGCAUGGAGCUCGUGAAGGGCGGCGACCUGGGCGUGCUCGACUGGGACGCGAUCGACGCGCACCUCGCGCGGCUUGCGCGCGAGGCGGGCGGGCUCGUCACGACGUUCCAUGUGGGGAACUCGGACUACUCCGGGAGGAGGUAUCAUGUGGUCGAUGCGAUUAUGUAUCGGCUGCCGCGGCUCAGAGCGGUGGAGGGCCGGGUGGGCGUGGUGUAUACGCACUGGCCGAAGGUAGAGGAGUGCUGGUUCCCUUAGUGGGAGAUGUUGCGCUCGCCGCUCGCGGAACAGAGGCGCCACUGACGAAGCUCAAGACGAUUGCGAUAACGAAAUGAUGAAUGCGAUGAAUGUUCGGACGACCUUGGACGAGCGUGGUGAGGCGGCGGGAAAUGUUCGACGAAGAUGUUCACGAUCUGUACGCUUGUACGCACUGAUGUAUAUUCUACGACAAUAGACGGUACCAGACUUGUCCCCUUGCAA